GUCCCCGCCCCUUCCUCCUCGUCACCCAAUCCCAUCACUGUCCCGUGUCGGCCCCGCCCCGCCGCUCUACCCCCUUCGACUGCAGGCCUGAAGCAGGUUUGCUGUCCCACAACUGCCAUGGAGACGGUGCUGAAGCGGGAGCUGGGCUACAGCUCGGUCAAAGCUACGGGUCACUCAGGAGGCGGGUGCAUUAGCCAGGGCCAGAGUUACGACACGGACAGAGGACGAGUGUUUGUGAAAGUGAACUCCAAGGCGGAGGCUAAGAGAAUGUUUGAAGGUGAGAUGGCAAGUUUGACGGCCAUCAUGAAGACAGACACAGUGAAAGUCCCCAAGCCUAUCAAGGUCCUGGAUGCCCCAGGAGGCGGGAGUAUGCUAGUGAUGGAGCAUUUGGACAUGCGGUACCUGAGCAGUCAUGCUGCCAAGCUUGGGUCCCAGCUUGCAGAUCUGCACCUUGAAAACAAGAAGCUUGGAGAGGGGCUCCUGAAGGAGGCUGGCACUGUGGGGAAAGGAAGUGGACAGGCAGAGCGGCCCUUUGUGGACCAGUUUGGAUUUGAUGUAGUGACAUGCUGUGGAUACCUCCCCCAGGUAAAUGACUGGCAGAAAGACUGGGUCACAUUCUAUGCCAGUCAGCGCAUUCAACCCCAGAUGGACAUGGUGGAAAAGAGGUCUGGUGACCGGGAAGCUCUUGAGCUGUGGUCUGCUCUGCAGUUGAAGAUUCCUGACCUGUUUCGUGACCUGGAAAUUGUGCCUUCCUUACUUCACGGAGACCUCUGGGGAGGGAACGUAGCAGAAGAUUCCUCUGGGCCCAUCAUUUUUGAUCCAGCUUCCUUCUAUGGCCACUCAGAAUAUGAGCUGGCAAUAGCUGGCAUGUUCGGGGGCUUCAGCAGCUCCUUUUACUCUGCCUAUCAUAGCAAAAUCCCUAAAGCCCCGGGAUUUGAUAAGCGCUUACAGCUGUAUCAGCUCUUUCACUACCUGAACCACUGGAAUCAUUUUGGAUCUGGGUACAGAGGAUCCUCUCUCAACAUAAUGAGGAACCUCAGCAAAUGAACUGGCCAGAGGACAGUCUCUUCUGAGUGUGCUGGGUCUCCUAACAAGAUGAUUCUGUGUGCAGAUCAAGUCUUACAUCACAAGCGUCACUGCCCUGAGGGAAGUGCCUCGGAGUCAGGUGACCAGAUUCCAGCUAUUCCAAGGAGUUCAUGAUUUUCCACCGUCUUUUCCUCAUGGAUUCUUUCCACUUACUCCAUGGCUGCACUUGCUUAAGAUCCCUUGACGUCUUAUUUCUUAGCUUUGCAGAGCAUGAGUUGUUUCAGAGGAAUGGUUCUAUAAUCCUGAGGUUGCGUACAUUGUGAGACUUCCUGGCUAGGUUAGGCCUCAGUGGUGAUUUGAGCAGAGACUUAGGAAGUUUAGGUACAGGGAGCCACACCGCGCUGCAAAGGAAAAGAACUGUGAGGACCGUGUUGGUGUGGUUGAGGUGCCCACCUCCCAUUGCUUCCUUGUUGUGUGUUUGGAACAUUUCUGAGCUCUUCACAGUGAUGCUUUGUGAUGGUCAGGCUUGAUCUAGACAUGGAGUCCUCUUGUUAGGAGAUCUGAGUAAUGACCAACUCUGAAAUCAGUGAUCCCCCCUCUGCUUGUGUAGUGCUUCUGAACCCUGCUACAAGCUGAGCCAGUCUGGAGAUUGGCCAGUCUUGUAUUCUGGUUCUCCUCAGCCCUCUCCAGUUUGCUUUCUGGUUUUGUUUUGUCUUUUACACCCAUAAAAUUGACCAUACUACUUGUUUUCUUUUUUCUUUUUCUUUUCUUUUUUUUUUUUUUUUUUUUAGGUUUUGUCGAGACAGGGUUUCUCUGUGUGGCUUAGAGCCUGUCCUGAAACUCACUCUGUAGACCAGGCUGGCCUCAAACUCACAGAGACCCACCUACCUCUGCCUCCCGAGUUCUGGGAUUAAAGGCGUGUGCCACCACCACCUGCAGACCCUACUACUGUUUUCAGGGACUUAGUAUCCCAACUGUCUUGCCUCUGAAUUGUUAGGGACACUUAUUAGCCCUCCCUAUCCAGCUGGGUCCUGUUCUCACAGCUUCUUUCUGUGUGCCUCUCAUUGUAGAUACAGCUAUCUCAUUGUAGUGAAGCUCACAGGGCUGUGGGAGGACAGGCUUUCUUUCUGAGGUAACCUAGCAGUCUGUCCAGAGACUGAGGGCCGAUUCACCUGAAACACAUCCCUGGGAUUUUUAGACAACAGUUACACAGAAUAGCCUAGAAACCUCCAGAGAGGGGACAGAUCCUGUGAAGAAUUAAAAUGCCUCAAACCUCCCAAUGGUUAAAGAAGCUGACAAGCAAGGGAGCCUUCUUAGUCUGGCCACCCUGAAUUCUCUACACAGUCAGUUUGUCAGCCAAUAAUGAAGACGUUUCUGGUUGUGCUGCUUUUAGUGGUUUAUGUCAAGGAACAGUGUAGGACAGGCCUCAGGUGGAGACAGCAGUUACGUUUCCUCUAGAUGGCCGUUCUGCCUGAUUUUUGGAGUGAGCUCUCCACACUGUCAAGUCCAUCUAUGUACUUGGUAUGGCCUUGACGGAUCAUAACCAGUUGUGUGGGGGACAGAGAAGACCCGUGUGGGUUUGCUUUUCACAUGAGCCGCAAGAUCAACUCUGAAGCUCAGAUCCAUGAUGAUCUGGCAAAGCCUUUCCUCCAGGGGACGCUCAGAGUAGUGACAAGGCUUUCCUGCGGUCUGAGUGUGAAUGUCGACUGUGCAUGCAGGAAAUGCCCACCAUGGCUUUUUCUUCUCAGAUAUUCACAGCCUGAAGACUGCUCCGCUACAGAGACUGCUCCAACUCCUGCUGAGAUUAGUGAUGCCUGCCCCCUUCAUUUAGCUAAAUACCACAAACCCUGGCUACUUGUUCAACUGUAAAUAACGAGAACACUGAG